ACGUGUUUGGGACAUUCAUGUACAAUUAUGUUGACAGAUUAAACUUGGAAUACUGUUUUGUCUUGUUUUUUGUAAUAUUGUUAACAGUAGAUUCAGUUUCUGGUCUCCGGGAAACUUGGUAAAGACUUCCAGAAAGAAGGGAGUAAAGAGAAGAAGAAUUUAAUACGGAAAAAAGGAUGACAUUUCCCUAAACCUAGGAGGAAAUAAUAAUAACUUAUCCGGAACCAAGAAACAUUAAUAACAAAUCCCAAAUUAUUAACUUCGGGGAUUUUGCUCUCGGCUUUCAUUUACUAAUUGAUGAUAAAACCGACAGUAACAACUGAACUACAUGUCCCAGCAUGUAUUGCGAGGGGCGGCGUUCGUACGAAGACCUUAUGUGUCACUCGAGCGGCCCCUGCCUUAUUUGAAAAGAAACGUUAACGACGAAAGUCGAUAUUUAGCACCAGAGGCCGAUAUCUGGGCUGCGUCCACGCUUCUGUCGUAGAGGCCCGAGUUUCGUAGAGAACGGGACCACAGCAAUUCUGUGCAGGCACCGCCAUAAGCUUCCCCAGCUCUCUUGGGGGCCCUCCAUGCGCCGGGGAACCCGGGUAGUUGGCCUCCAAGAUGGCUUCGUUGUUGGCGGUAAAUUCGGCUGCUAGCCUCUGGGGUCCAUACAAAGACAUCUGGCAAACAGUGGGAAACGCCAUUUGGAGAAGACAACCUGAAGCUGUCCAUCUUCUUGACCUGAUUUUAAAGAAACACAAACCUGAUUUCAUCUCAUUAUUCAAGAAUCCAGCCAAAAAUGUUCAGCAGCAUGAGAAGGUUCAGAAGGCAAGUACAGAAGGAGUUGCUAUCCAGGGUCAGCAAGGAACUCGACUUCUUCCUGAACAGCUCAUUAGAGAAGCCUUCAUCCUUAGUGACCUCUUUGACAUUGGCGAAUUAGCUGCUGUUGAACUUCUUUUGGCUGGAGAACACCAGCAGCCUCAUUUUCCUGGUCUUACAAGAGGAUUAGUAGCAGUUCUUUUGUACUGGGAUGGAAAGCGAUGCAUUGCAAAUUCUCUCAAAGCCUUGAUACAGUCACGGCGAGGCAAGACAUGGACACUAGAACUAAGUCCCGAGCUGGUUUCCAUGACAACACGUUUUACAGAUGAACUAAUGGAACAAGGAUUGACUCAUAAAAUCCUAACUCUGGUGUCUCAAAUUGAUGUGAAUAAUGAAUUUGAGAAGUUACAGCGGGAAAGAGGCUUGGGCAGUGAAAAGCAUCGCAAAGAGGUUUCAGAUCUUAUCAAAGAAUGCCGCCAGUCUUUGGCAGAAAGCCUAUUUUCCUGGACCUGCCAGUCACCUUUAAGUAAAGAUGAUACUCUGCUCCUUAUCGGCCAUCUAGAAAGAGUCACAGUUGAAGCUUCUGGCUCAUUGGAUAGUGUGAACUUGGCUCUCGUCAUGGCUCUCCUUUAUUGCUUUGAUAUCAGUUUUAUAGAACAGGGUGCAGAGGACCGAGAAGAUAUAAUUCAUCAACUACCACUAUUAACAGAGAGACAGUAUAUUUCAUCAAUUCACUCGCGCCUUCAAGACUCACAGCCUUGGAAACUACCUGGCCUACAAGCCACUGUUAGACUUGCCUGGGCAUUGGCAUUGCGAGGGAUUUCUCAGCUCUCUGAUGUGCCAGCUCUUGCUGAAUUUACAGAAGCCGAUGAAGCAAUGGCAGAGCUUGCAAUUGCAGAUAAUAUCUUCCUUUUCUUAACUGAGUCUGUAGUGGGGUCAGAAAAUUUCUACCAGGAAGAAUUUUAUAUCCGCAGAAUUCAUAAUCUCAUCACAGACUUCCUUGCACUUAUGCCAAUGAAGGUGAAACAGUUGAGAAAUAGAGCAGAUGAAGAUGCUCGAAUGAUUCACAUGAGUUUGCAUAUGGGUAAUGACCUUCCUAUUUCACUUCGGAGAGAUCUGGAACAUCUUAUGCUUUUGAUUGCUGAGCUGUAUAAAAAAAACCCUUUCAAUUUGGAGCUUGCUUUGGAAUAUUGGUGUCCUUCAGAACCUCUCCAGACUUCCACUAUAAUGGGAUCCUAUCUAGGGGUUGCUCAUCAAAGACCCCCUCAACGCCAGGUUGUUUUAUCAAAGUUUGUUAGGCAAAUGGGAGACCUACUUCCUCCUACUAUUUAUAUUCCAUAUCUGAAAAUGCUCCAGGGAUUGGCCAGUGGGCCGCAGUGUGCUCAUUACUGUUUCAGUUUGUUGAAAGUCAAUGGCAGUAGUCAUGCUGAAAACAUUCAAGGAGCGGGUGGCAGUCCUGUGUCUUGGGAACAUUUCUUUCACUCUUUGAUGUUGUAUCAUGAACAUUUAAGGAAAGAUCUCCCAAGUGCAGAUAGUGUCCAGUACCGGCAUCUUCCUUUACGAGGCAUCACCCAGAAAGAGCAGGACGGAUUGAUUGCUUUUUUGCAGCUUACAACUACAAUCAUUACAUGGAGUGAGAAUGCUCGUUUGGCUCUCUGUGAGCAUCCUCAGUGGACUCCUGUGGUUGUCAUCCUGGGACUCCUGCAAUGUAGCAUCCCUCCUAUUUUGAAAGCUGAGUUAUUGAAGACACUUACAGCCUUUGGAAAAUCUCCUGAAAUUGCUGCUUCCCUCUGGCAGUCUUUGGAAUAUACACAGAUAUUACAGACUGUAAGGAUUCCAAGCCAGAGACAAGCAAUUGGCAUUGAGGUUGAACUAAAUGAAAUAGAAUCAAGGUGUGAAGAAUAUCCACUGACAAGGGCCUUUUGUCAGCUUAUUAGCACACUAGUAGAAAGUUCAUUUCCAUCUAACUUGGGGGCUGGACUACGUCCACCUGGCUUUGAUCCAUACUUGCAGUUCCUCAGGGAUUCUGUGUUUCUUCGAUUUCGCACCAGAGCUUAUCGCAGAGCAGCUGAAAAGUGGGAAGUUGCUGAAGUGGUGCUUGAGGUGUUUUAUAAACUGCUCAGAGAUUAUGAACCCCAGAUGGAAGAUUUUGUGGAUCAGUUUGUAGAAUUGCGAGGUGAAGAAAUCAUAGCAUAUAAACCUCCAGGAUUUAGUUUGAUGUAUCAUCUUCUGAAUGAGUCACCAAUGCUGGAACUCUCUCUUAGUUUGUUGGAAGAAGGGGUUAAACAGCUUGAUACCUAUGCACCUUUUCCUGGGAAGAAACAUUUGGAGAGAGCAGUACAGCACUGCCUUGCUCUUCUCAAUUUAACUCUGCAGAAGGAGAAUCUCUUUAUGGAUCUUCUAAGAGAAAGUCAACUGGCUCUAAUAGUCACUCCAUUGGAACAGCUAUUACAAGGCAUCAAUCCCCGAACUAAGAAGGCAGACAAUGUGGUUAACAUUGCCAGGUAUCUGUAUCAUGGCAAUAGUAAUCCUGAGUUGGCUUUCGAAAGUGCCAAGAUCCUCUGCUGUAUCUCUUGCAAUUCUAACAUUCAGAUAAAAUUAGUAGGAGAUUUCACACAUGAUCAGAGUGUAAGCCAGAAGCUGAUGGCUGGAUUUGUGGAAUGUUUGGAUAGUGAAGAUGCAGAGGAAUUCAUUAGUCCAGAAGAGGAAUUAGAACCUGAUAAAAAAUUAGCACGAAUCCGCCAUGAAACAAGAAUCCACAUCUUGAAUCUUCUUAUCACUUCUCUGGAGCGCAAUCCCCCCAACCUUGCCUUGUAUCUUCUGGGCUUUGAAUUGAAGAAACCUGUUAGUACCACGAACCUCCAGGAUCCAGGAGUGUUAGGUUGCCCUCGGACUUGUCUUCAUGCCAUAUUAAAUAUCUUGGAGAAAGGAACAGAAGGGAGAACAGGCCCAAUGGCAGUAAGGGAAUCACCUCAACUUGCAGAACUGUGCUACCAGGUUAUUUAUCAGCUGUGUGCAUGCUCAGAUACAUCUGGUCCAACUAUGAGGUAUUUGAGAACCAGCCAAGAUUUUUUAUUUUCUCAGUUGCAGCAUUUGCCUUUUUCUAACAGAGAAUGUGAAAUAUCCAUGCUGAACCAAAUGUCAUGGCUUAUGAAGACUGCCUCAAUAGAGCUAAGAGUAACUUCUCUUAAUCGCCAGCGCUCUCACACUCAAAGACUUCUGCACCUAUUGCUAGAUGAUAUGCCAGUCAAACCUUACUCAGAUGGUGAAGGAGGAAUAGAAGAUGAAAAUAGAUCUGUCAGUGGAUUCCUUCACUUUGAUACUGCCACAAAAGUACGUCGAAAAAUACUAAGUAUUUUAGAUUCAAUUGACUUCAGUCAGGAGAUUCCUGAGCCUUUGCAGUUGGAUUUCUUUGAUCGUGCUCAGAUUGAGCAAGUCAUUGCUAAUUGUGAACACAAGAAUUUGAGGGGACAAACAGUUUGCAAUGUCAAGCUUCUUCACAGGGUUCUUGUGGCAGAAGUAAAUGCGCUUCAAGGUAUGGCAGCUAUAGGUCAGAGACCUUUACUUAUGGAGGAAAUCAGCACUAUUCUACAAUAUGUUGUGGGCAGAAACAAAUUGUUACAAUGCCUUCAUGCAAAACGACAUGCACUUGAGUCAUGGAGGCAGCUGGUAGAAAUUAUUCUGACUGCUUGUCCUCAGGACCUCAUACAGGCAGAAGAUAGGCAACUGAUUAUUCGUGACCUCUUACAGGAUGUACAUGAUAAGAUAUUGGAUGAUGAUGCAGCCCAAGAAUUAAUGCCAGUUGUGGCAGGGGCCGUGUUUACCCUGACAGCUCAUUUGAGCCAGUCUGUGCGGACAGAACAGAAGCAGCCACAGCCACCGCCCCUCGCUGCUGCUGGGCCUGGGGAAUCCCAGUUUGUUUUGAUGCUUGAUAGUUCUUUCACCUCGCCACCUAUGACAGAGUGCGUGAAUGUGGGGUUUGCUUCUAUUGGAGAUUCCUCACUUCACAUCAUAUUGAAGAAACUCCUAGACUUCAUUUUGAAAACAGGUGGUGGGUUCCAGCGAGUGAGGACACACUUGUAUGGCUCUUUGCUUUAUUAUUUACAGAUGGCCCAGAGACCAGAUGAACCAGACACUUUAGAAGCAGCCAAGAAGACUAUGUGGGAACGACUAACGGCACCUGAAGAUGCUUUCAGUAAAUUGCAGCGAGAAAACAUAGCUAUCAUUGAGAGUUAUGGAGCAGCCCUUAUGGAAGUAGUCUGUCGAGAUGCCUGUGAUGGUCAUGAGAUUGGAAGAAUGUUGGCCCUGGCAUUGCUUGAUCGAAUUGUGUCUGUAGAUAAACAACAGCAGUGGCUCUUGUAUCUCUCUAACAGUGGUUACUUGAAGGUGCUUGUGGACAGUUUGGUAGAAGAUGACCUUACUCUUCAGAGCUUGCUUAGUCCCCAACCUCCUCUUUUGAAAGCUCUCUAUACUUAUGAAUCCAAAAUGGCAUUCUUGACAAGAGUGGCUAAAAUACAACAAGGAGCAUUAGAGCUGCUGAAGUCUGGUGUGAUUGUGAGACUGGCACAGUGUCAAGUCUAUGACAUGCGUCCAGAAAUAGACCAUCAGGGACUGUUUGGCAUAAGAGAACCUCCUGUAUUCAUACCUGCCCCUGUGGACCGAUAUCGCCAGAUUCUUCUUCCUGCUCUCCAAUUGUGCCAGGUCAUCCUCACAUCUAGUAUGGCUCAGCAUCUGCAGGCGGCGGGACAGGUGUUGCAAUUCCUCAUCUCCCACUCUGACACCAUUCAAGCAAUACUGCGUUGUCAGGAUGUCAGCGCGGGGUCCCUGCAAGAGCUAGCCCUCCUCACAGGAAUCAUCAGCAAAGCUGCAUUGCCUGGAGUGCUAAGUGAACUAGAUGUUGAUGUAACUGAAGGGUCUCUGAUGGAGCUACAGGGUCACAUAGGGCGAUUCCAGCGCCAAUGCUUAGGACUACUAAGUCGCUUUGGUGGUUCAGACAGACUACGCCAAUUUAAGUUUCAAGAUGGUGUGGAUGGUGAUAGAAUGAACAAAAGAGAUGAGAUUGAACUGGCUAUGCAACAGAUUUGUGCCAACGUCAUGGAAUAUUGUCAGUCACUCAUGUUACAGAGUUCUCCAACAUUUCAGCAUGCAGUGUGUCUCUUCACCCCCAGUCUUUCUGAAACCAUUAACAGAGAGGGACGACAAGACACUCAAGCUCCAGUAGUUCCGUAUUGGCGUCUGCCUGGCUUAGGCAUUAUUGUCUACUUGCUGAAACAAAGUGCUAAUGAUUUCUUCACUUAUUAUGACAGUCAUCGACAGAAUGUCAACAAACUACAAAAUAUAGAACAGCUUCCCCCAGAUGAGAUAAAAGAGUUGUGCCAAUCAGUAAUGCCAGCUGGAGUUGAUAAAAUCUCCACGUCCCAGAAGUACAUCUUGGGGAGACGGCGUUUGGUGAAGUUGAUCAACAAUCGAGCCAAACUGCUCUCCCUUUGUUCUUAUAUCAUAGAGACCUGCUUAUUUAUUUUUUGGCGCCACUUAGAAUACUAUCUGUUAAGGUGCACUCCCACUGAUUCCCAAGAUUCUCUACUAGCUUCUACAGUUACAUUUAAAAGUAGGAGGUUACAAGAUGCUUUCACUUCAGAGACAAAUUUGGAUUUCAGAAGUGGGUUGACUCGAGUGAGCCAGCAUGAUAUAGAGCAGCUUCAGAUUGAAGCCAUUAAUGUCUUUGGUGAAUCACUGCAAAAGAAGCUUCUGGAUAUUGAAGGAUUAUACUCCAAAGUUCGAUCCCGCUAUUGUUUCAUACAAGCACUUGUCAGGCGCAUCCGUGGUUUAUUAAGGCUGUCAAGAGGCUGAAAGACUCUUUGUAUUCCUUUCUUCCUGAACAGAUGGAAUGGGGCAGGGGGAGGGGGGACAUUCUUAAUUUCAGUUUUAUAGACCAGUUUAUUUCUAAAUUAUGGCCAAAAAUAUUUUCAUACUUUUUUUCUUAUACAAAAAGGUUUUCUGCAUAAUUCCCGCCUUGAUUCCCCAUCAGUAAAAAUAAAAAUUAAAAGAAUAAAGUUUUUUUUUAAACAAA